AUGGCCGAACUUGCACUCGCCAUCGCCGGAAUAGCGCUGACAUGGAAAAACAUACUCGAUUUUGGGAAAGUCAUAAUGGAUCUCCUGGCGGACGAUGAUUGGGAACGACGAGGACUUUGUGGCACGUUCCACAAAUUUGAACUGCAGAGGAAAGAAUUUAUUCUCCAGGUUAUCUUCCGUCUGCAUGAUUCCCGGGUGAGGGCAUUCAAGAUCCUCAGGGAAAGGUAUGCGCUAUCGGGUGUCGACGAUGAGGAGUACCAAGGGCCUGAUCUGUCCCGAAAGGCGAAAGGGUUUGCGAGAAUGAUUGACAAGGCGAAGUCGGUCUCGAGGAAGACCAAGGACAAGGGGAUGUGGCUCAGCCACGAUCAGCGCGCCGUCAAAGAGCUGAUCGACGACGCUGAUGAACAAUAUCGUCACCUGAAGGAGUUGACUUUUGAAUCCAUUCCCUUUAUUCUGAAUGUUAUUGGCUCGCAGGGAAAGAACCAUGAUGUUCAAGAGAACCUUGCUGUCCUCCAGACCAGGGCGAAGCAAGAAAACCAGAAGGAACUGGCUCAUUUACGCAAGACCUCGAGCCCUCGUGGUGGAGAGGAGAGCUCUGAAAGCGAUAGAGCAACUGCAGUCGGCUAUGCCACCCAGAGUAUAGCCUCGUGCAACCAGGCAGAACGGGUACGAGAGCUGGUCAACGAGGGCUAUGCGCUGUUCGUCGACACGAGAAUCAUAGAAGGAGUACACGAUUGGUGGCUGGAUGAAGGGUCAGGCUCCUUGGUACUUGAGACCCCGUACUCGGUAGGAGACAAUACUUCUGCUGUGGCCUGCGCCGCGGUAUAUUAUCUGGCGUCUUGUCACAAAAUCAUCUACGUGUUGGACCUUGACGACAAAAAGCCGUCCUCUGUUCAGCUUGCAGAAAUGGUAGGCACUGUAACCAUGAUGCUCACAUACCUCGCCGGGGAGUCAAUCGAUGCUCGUGACCUGCCCUUGCUGGAUGGGAUCACUGGCUCCAUGACUGCGGACCAUGGAGAUCUCCAAUUGGCCGUCGGUGCAUUUGAGAAACUGAUCGGUCAGUUUCUUGCUGGUACUGAUCAGCGCUUCUUGAUCAUUAUCGAUGGACUAGACGAUUUGGUCGACCGAAAUACAGACGAGCCAGUUUUGGCCGCCAUUCGGUCGCUGUUGCAGAGCCUGGCGAGAAUAUGUGGUAGAAGGGCCGCGAAACAACCUGUAGUUAAAAUACUCUUAGGGUGUAAAGGUGCUGCGACAGUGAUAUCUGAAUAUGUUUCCGACACGGAAAUCUUGACCGUGAUGGAUAGACCUCAGAGGAAGGAAAACGUCAUGGAAGGCCUUGCGGAGAGGUGGUGA